AUGUCAUCAGAUAGACUUAUUUAAUCAGAUAAUAGCUCGACAAGUUCUUUAAUGGAUUGGAAUAAGGCGAGUCAACUCAACGAAAAAGAAAUCGGGUAUAAGAAGUACAAAUUCGACAGUCUGACUACAUCAUAAUUUUGGGCAUAUUGCAUGGGUCAUAUGCUUAAUGAUUUAUCAGCCGCGUGUUGGUUUAAGUAUCGAGUUUAUAAUCAUCAUAGCUAUCUGUUAUUUUAUUUGAAAAGAAUAAUACAGGUUGACUUUGGGUCAUAUGCAAUGUUGUCAGGACAAGUUGCUGAUGCAUUGGCAACACCAAUGGUGGGAUAUUAUAGUGAUAGAACAAAGACAUCAAUUGGAAAGAGAAUUCCGUGGUACAUAGGGUAUUUUAGUGUAUAUUUCGCAAGGGGAUAUUUUGUGAUAAUCUUUUCAUUUUUGCCAGUUUGGAAUGGAAAUUUAAUAUUGGAUUGGAUGAAUAUGAAGGAUAACACAGUAGUAUAAGUAACAAAUACAAAUUAAAUCAAGGCCAUUUAUUAUACCGUAUUUCCAGCAAUCUUUAAUUUUGGUUGGGCCUCAUUACAAAUAAGUCAUAUGUCUUUGGUUCCAAGUUUAACAUGCAGUAGAUCAANCUUCAUGCCCAAUAUUUACAAGUUAGUCCAAACUAUUACUGGCAGAAUUUAAAUAUAAUUCAGAACUUGA